UCUGCACGUGUUCUCAUUCAUAAUUUCUGCUUAUUUCUCGUCUGUACAAACAUGUUUUCAAAACGCGUUAAAUUAAAUGAUGAAAAAAAAGAAAGUGAGUCUAUAGAAAACAAUGAAACACAUACGAUACAAGCACGUCUAGUAUCGGAUACUGGAGAAGAGGCAGGACCACCCAUCGAUUUGCCAGCAGGAGUUACUGUUGAACAAUUGGGGCUUAUCUGCAAUGCAUUGCUGAAAAACGAAGAAGCAACACCGUAUUUGUUCUUUGUAGGCGAUGAUGAAAUUAAAAAGACACUUGACCAAACAUUAGAUCUUAAAACUGUCGAUACUGAAAAUGUUAUUAGUAUUGUCUAUCAGCCACAAUCGGUGUUCAAAGUGCGCCCGGUUACACGUUGCACCAGUUCCAUGCCUGGUCAUGCCGAGGCUGUAAUUUCGAUAUUGUUUAGUCCGGAUGGUGCACAUUUGGCUAGUGGUUCCGGUGAUACGACGGUAAGACUUUGGGAUUUAAAUACAGAAACUCCACAUUUUACCUGUACAGGACACAAGCAAUGGGUCAUGUGUGUAGCAUGGUCACCGGAUGGUAAAAAACUAGCCAGUGCAUGCAAAGCUGGUAAUAUUAUUCUUUGGGAUCCCGAAACUGGCAAACAAGUGGGUCGUACUCUGACAGGCCAUAAAAAGUGGAUAAAUUGCUUAAGCUGGGAACCCUACCAUAAAAAUCCCAAUUGUCGUAAACUGGCUAGUGCGGGAAGUGAUGGUGAUUGUCGUGUCUGGGAUACGGUAUUGGGUCAAUGUAUUAUGGUAAUAGCAGGUCAUACCGCUGCUGUCACAGCUGUACGUUGGGGAGGUGCUGGUUUAAUAUAUACUUCAUCCAAAGAUCGUACAGUUAAAAUUUGGCGUGCAUCAGAUGGCAUAUUAUGCAGAACCUUUACUGGUCAUGCACAUUGGGUUAAUAACAUUGCACUUAACACAGACUAUGUGUUACGUACAGGACCUUUUCAUCCUGUACAAGAUAGAAAUAAAAAGUAUGCCGAUUUAAGCAAAGAGAAAUUACAAGAAAUGGCUUUGCAGCGUUACAAACAAGUCUGUCCGGAUGAUAUUGAAUCCCUAGUAUCGUGCUCAGAUGAUUACACAUUAUAUUUAUGGGUAUCGAAUCAAAACAAAUGUAUUCAACGUAUGACGGGUCAUCAAAAUGUUGUCAAUGAUGUUAAAUAUUCACCAGAUGUUAAAUUGAUUGCAUCAGCUUCGUUUGAUAAAUCCGUUCGUUUGUGGCGUGCCAAAGAUGGUCAAUAUUUGAAUACAUUCAGAGGUCAUGUUCAAGCUGUAUACACAUUAGCAUGGUCGGCGGAUUCCCGUUUAAUUGUUAGUGGCAGUAAAGAUUCAACUUUAAAAGUAUGGAGUGUUCAAACGAAGAAACUUGCUCAAGAAUUACCUGGUCAUGCUGAUGAAGUCUUUGGAGUAGAUUGGGCUCCUGAUGGUUCUAAAGUAGCUUCUGGCGGAAAGGACAAAGUAAUCAAAUUAUGGGCUUAUUAAUAAUGUUAAUAAAAUUAAAAAAAAAUAAUAAAAA